AGAACAAUUCGCCCACGAAUCGAACACCGCUAUACGUCCAAACGAUUCAUUAUUUCAAAAAACUGGUUUCAGAAGAACUAAAGUUCGGGUGAGGGUGUCAUAUUUGGUUUCUAGCUGACACACCAAAGCAGUGGAGUUGUGUGACUUCCAGGACACAAGCGAGGGGAUUUCAUGAUGGUUUGCUAAAUUUGAGAGUCAGACCUGAAAGCGAAAGUGGGAAACGAGCCGCCGGGGUGUAGCGCGGUAGUGCUCAAGUGUUGUACUUGUACUUGUGUUCGCAUUCAAAAACAUCAUGGAUAACCGGGAAUUUAGAGCGAUGUUGCUAGACAUCUCUGGUAAACUUUCUGAGGAGAAUUUGAAAGAUUUAAAGUUUUUGUGCUCAGACAUCGGGAAAAAAAGGCUUGAGAAAAUGAGUAAGGGGAUUGAUCUUUUCGAGUGCUUGAUCGAAAAAACUGAAAUUGGGCCUGACAACACGGAACGUUUGCGAUUCCUUCUCAACAAGAUCGAUCAGCAAGUUCUUCUGGAAAUAAUAGAUGACUAUGAAAGAGGAGUGACAGCAAGCACUGCUGAUGCACUGGACCCCAACGAGCGAGAAAAUAUAAACAUUGCAACUGAUGUAAUUGUUGCACAUUUGGGUAGAAAGUGGCUUCAAGUUGGAAGGAAACUUGGACUUCAGCCCACUCAGCUGGAAAGCAUACAGGAGAAGCACAGCCGUGACCUGGAGGAGCAGGUGAGGGAGCUCAUCAAACAGUGGAUGAAGAUGAAGAAAGAAAACGCCAGAGUGCAGGAUCUCAUUACAGCUCUGCGGGACUGCAAACAGAACCUCACCGCUGAUCUGGUGGUGAAACAACUCAGAGAGCUUGGUGCACAUUGAAAAUCAUCUCUGUGAUGACAAAACUUUGGGGUUAAUAAUGUGAAUUUCAUUUAGAA